AUGACUGCCGAAUCUCAUGCAGACGAAGCGACAGAGCCUCGCUCAGUACUGAAGGUUCAAAAAAUUCCAAAGCGCAAAUGGACAAGCUAUAUUUGGGACACUUUCGAUAAAUCGCCGGAGGAACGCCGAUUGCUUUUUAAGCUAGACACUGCCAUUUUGACAUUUGCGUCAUUGGGUUAUUUUAUCAAAUAUCUCGAUCAAAUCAAUAUUAACAAUGCUUUCGUAUCUGGGAUGAAGGAGGAUCUGGGCCUGUAUGGCAAUGAGCUAAACUACAUGCAAGCAUGUUGGACCGUUGGAUAUGUAAUUGGAGAGAUUCCAAGCAACAUCUUGUUGACAAAGGUCAGGCCGCGAUACUGGAUACCAGCCGCAGAGUUACUAUGGACAGUUCUUACCUUUUCGCUGUCCAGAUGUAAUACCGCCACUCAGUUUUAUGUCUUAAGGUUCUUCAUUGGUCUUGCGGAAAGUACAUUCUACCCAGGAAUGCAAUACAUCAUCGGCUCAUGGUAUCGACGGGAUGAACUGGCCAAGCGAUCAUGCAUCUUUCAUACCAGCAGCGGUAUUGCCAGUAUGUUCUCCGGCUAUCUCAUGGAAGGUGUGUAUCAUCUCGGAGGCAGAGGGGGCUUUAAAGGCUGGCAAUGGCUUUUCGUGAUCGACGGCGUCAUCUCUCUUCCAGUCGCAAUCAGCGGGUUCUUUGUGCUGCCUGAUGUGCCGGAGAUUUCCAACCCAUGGUACCUUAGCAAGGAGGAAGUUGCAUUGUCUCAAAAACGAAUGAAGCUCGAGGGUAGGCGGGAAAGAGGCCCUUUCACAAGAGAGAAAUUGAAGAAGAUAUUUUCUUCCUGGCACAUAUAUCUUUUGACAUUAUUAUAUGUACUUUUCAACAAUGGCGCUGCCGGUGGUCAGCCUAUCUUCCAACAAUUUCUCAAACACUCGACAAAUCCGAAAUAUUCUGUGGGCCAGAUCAACGCAUAUCCGACAACGACCAGUGCGGUACAGGUGGUAACAACACUCGCUUAUGCUUGGUCUUCAGACACGUUUUUAAAUGGCCGUCGCUGGCCCCCGAUUAUAUUUGGCGCCGUGGUCAACAUUAUAAGCUAUGUUUCACUGGCUAUCUGGAACAUUCCAAUUGGAUGGAAGUGGACCUGCUAUAUCAUUUCUGGCGCAGGGUUUGGUCUUAGCGGACUAUGCAUGGCCUGGGCUCACGAGAUUUGCUCCGGAGAUAACGAGGAGCGAGCGCUUGUCAUAGCCAGUAUGAACGAAAUGGCGUAUGUUUUCCAAGCAUGGCUUCCACUCAUCGUGUGGCAACAAGUCGACGCACCGGAAUAUCGAAAGGGCUUUAUCACAGUGUCUUGUAUAUCACUCGUUUUGAUAAUCACAACCUUUGUCAUUCGAAGUCUUGAUCAUAAGGAGAGCAUACUACGACGGUAUGUGACUGCCAUUGAUCAGAGAGUUUUUGACACUCUUUGGAGACCUUCCUUUUCUAAUAUCUUUUGUUAG